AUGGCUUUCGCAAAGUCUUUGGCCAUCAAUGCCGUGCAGGAGCAGGCCAACCGCGAAGCCGAAGAUGCUGCGACCAGCGAGCGCUGGGUGAAAUCACAGGUGGCCAGCAUCAAGUCGACAUGCGUCGCUGCCAGCAAGCGCUGUGAAUACUCGGCCGAGAUCUUGACAGACGCCUUGCCAUCACUGCACCAGCAAGAAGGUCAGAAGAAGCUCCUGAAGGAACUCCAAGUUCGUCUGGCACAGCUUGGCUUCACCAAGCUACGAGUCUCUCAAGAGUUCUCUGGUGAAGAUGCCGGAAAAAUCCGUGUCUCUGUCUCCUGGGCCGGCUUGGAGUCUAAGUCACGGUGCUUCGAGUUCGUCCGGGCUCUGCCCACGCUGCUGACGAAAGGAGUCCGCGAGUCUGCCAAGUCGCAGAAGCGGCUCACCGACUUGCUGCAGCUGCCGGUGCCGUUGAAGCCACAGAACGUGGAGAGGAGUUGCCGUUCCUGGGGUACGCCGGAGAUCUCCUGCUGA